GCAGUGCACAGUCUGUGCGGCGCCUCCUCUGUUGCUGUGAGUAUUGAGGCGUAAAUUGAAAAAAAUGUGCAAUCUUGUGCCAAAUACUUACACAUGGAUACAAUGAUCAUUUACGUGAAGACGCUAACAGGGAAAACGUUGACAAUAGAAGUCACACCUCAAGAUACCGUGGAAGUAUUAAAAGCAAAAAUACAAGACAUAGAAGGCGUACCAAUUGACCAACAGAGGCUCAUCUUCUCCGGAAACCAGCUCGAAGAUGAGAGAACACUCGAGGACUUCAAUAUUAGCUCUGAAUCUGUGUUGCAUCUAAUCCUUCGUCUGAGAGGAGGAGGCAUCCCUAUGUUCUUCCUCAAUGUGGCAAUGCCAUCAUGCAGUGUGAUUCAACAAGUUGUCAAUGAACAGACGACUGUUAGCGAGGUAAGAAAGUUACUGGAAAAAGAUCCAUCCUUAAAGGGCCGGAAGUAUCGUCUGAUGGUGGCUCAGCAGGAGAUGGACAGCAGCAAGACCUUGGAGUAUUAUGGCAUCACGUCAGAGGCAGUCGUAAGAUUGGAAUUCAUAGAAGAUAGUUGCUGUGUUAUGUGAGUUAUUCAUAGAGCUACUUCAUAUUUGCCCCUAUGUGCAUCCAUCACAUCCUGAUAAAGAAGAGGCAUUUCAACUGGGCUGGAACAAUUUGGAAUUGGCUUUUAGUCCGGGGACCCAGAGACAUUUCUUUCACAUCUCGAGUACAAAAGGUUUGGGGCCUGGAAUGUAUGCAUCUAUGAUAGGAGACCCCAAAAAGGCAAUUCUUAAGUUCUACAAUUCUGCGCAGCAACCAGGGGGCGCCACGAAAGACCCCCCAAUUGUGACUCUUAAAUCACAAUUUGAGUACAUCCAUGAAACAUAAGGCAAUGUAUUCCUUAGGUCAUCCUAAAUCAAGAUCAGUCACUCUUAAGUAUCCAUUUCAUGUAUUAAUCCAUUUAAGAAAGAAAAAUAUACUCAUUGACCCCGUCCCUGGCGAGGUGAGUGUUAAUUCACAAUUUGAUUACAUUUUUGGUCUCAAACUGUUCAGUAGAUCAUCAUGAAUCAAGAACAGCAAUUCUUAAGAGUCCAUUUCAUGCAUAAACCCACUUAAGAAUGCAAAAUGUACUCUUUGAGACCCACCCUUAGGAAUGUGUCAAUAAUAUCCACACUGACAAAAGGGACAAUCAUAGACUGUAUACAAACACAAUGUUUAUUAUUAUUUUUUUAUAAACUACACCAUGUCUGUGUAGCGUAUAUAUA